CGGGGACACUUUAUGACAAAACCGAAGCUUCUUUUGAAAAGACGUCAUUUUCGUUUGCAAAUUUUGCUAAAACCGAACUAUUCUUGUGCUUCCGAAACCUCAAAACAUGGCUGAAGUUAAUCAAGAGCAAGUUCAAGUCGAGGAGAAUAACGCAGUUGGUUUUUACGAGCGUUUAACGGCCCUGCCUGUCGUAAGCGAAGCGAUAAACCAGACAGGCGCGAUUUACAACGCAGUCAAGGGCCAUAAUGGCUUGACCCAGUACGCUUGCGAUACGGGCGAAAGUGUCGUGAAACGAGUCACUGCAACAGCUUAUACUGUUGGUACACCGAUUGCUGGCUUGGCAAUGAAAGUUGCUGAACCAUAUGUCGGUAAUCCAGGUCAGUACUUCACAUUUAUUUAAUGUUUUUAUUUAUACUGUGUCUGUAUAUUGUUCGAGAAUCGAGAAACUGUAUUGUUUAUAUCAUAUGAAAGCUCACAUUUUGUGUGAAUGCGUACUCUGUUUAAAAUUCUUAAUACUCUGUAGUCAAGAUUCUACACAAUAAUACCAGACUUUUCCAGAAGUAUAUCGUUAUCAGCAAUUCUAGGGAGGGGGUUUUCAGGUGCCCAAAUGUGCCUUUAUACUUUGUUAAUGUCUACCACGUGAUCUUUCUUGUCAAAAAGAAAGUAUUCGGUGUGUUAAUGGUUAUUCAUAUUCUUAGCGAAGCAUCAUUGAACAUUGUCAUCAUCAACAUACAUUACUAUUGUGUUUGUCAUGAUCAUUAGCACCAUCAUUGUUAUCACGAUUCCAAGGGUCAUUCCCACUGGUCAUUCCAGAAAAGGUCUACAUCCCCCCUAUGGAAGAAAUUUCUGCCAUCCUUGGGGGAGGGGGGGGGGGGAUAUUCUACUACUGAGAAUAGUAGAAUGUAGUAAGACAUCUGAAGGUGGUAGGGGGCUUAUCUUCCAGUUUCCUUUGUGGUGGAGGUGUUGAUGUUUUCUGGAAUGAAUGAUAAUGGCAUCUUGAUGAACUAUCAACAAUAUAAUUUUCAAAGACAAUCCCAACAUCAUCACCAUUAUCAUUAUCACCAUCAUCACCACCAUCAAUACUAUCAUCAUAAUCACAUUUUAAUCAUCGUCACCACCACCAUCAUGAUGUUUGCCACCAUCAUCAGGCCUUGCCCUGAUGAAACCCAAAGUAGCAUUUCUCAGUUAUUCAAGCCACUUUUCUUUGGCCUAGGUAUCAUAACAAAACAAGGUAUUAUACAAACUUUUCAAUGACUUUUAUCACUGUUUAUAGUGACCACCUUAGAUCAUGUUGCUGAACAAACAUUGGCAAAAUGUGAGGAAACCUUUCCUAUCAUUACAAAACCCCCAGCUGAGGUAAGUUGGCUAUGUAUAAAGUUAGAUGGCCAGGUGAAAAGAGCCUAGGCCAGAAUAAAAUAUGUUGGUUUCCCGACCCUAUCUAGCUUUUGGACGUCGAAAUCCUGACCCUAAACUUUUUUUAUUGGAUCAUGCUUGUAAGUGUUUCCACUUAGAGGAAAAAGUUUGUGGAAAAUUGAAAUUUGAGGCAAUAUUAGGGACAUUUAUCUUUGGAUGUGGAAGCACUGACUAAACAAAAUGGCGUCCGGUUGUUAGGAAAAUUUAAAAAAAAAGUUUAAAAAAAAAGUUAAAACCUACCUACCCUACCUAAGUUUUUAUAAGAAGAAACCGGAAACCCACAUAUUUUUUUUGGCCCUAUUAGAAAACAGAUGAAAUGCCCCCCCCUUUUCAAAUAUAAUUUUAUUUAUUUCUUAUCUAGAUUGUCAGCACAACGGUGGAUGCAAUUAAAGGCAAAGCUGGUGACUGUUACAAUGCUGUGAACAACACUCGUGUUAUUCAAUUCACCCAUGCGAGAGUGAACGAAGCUAUAUCACUCUCUGAGCUUGCUGUCGAGGUCAUCCUACCUGCCAGUCCUGACAGUCCCGAAGAUGUUGGCGAGGAAGAACAAGAGUCACUCGAAAUGAAGAAUUCAGAAGUACCUAAGGGACAUGCUGAAAGAGUUUUGGCUCUCGGACACAGAAUUAAGCGACGAGGAAGCAAGAAGUUAAUGGGCUUGAAACCUGUUCAAUUCUCUUACGACAGUGUGAGUUUUAAAUCUUGUUUUCCACAGAAUAUAGGGGCGCAAUCUUGUAAUGCUUUCAUCUAUGACAUAAAACAUACCAAAUCUGUGGCUAUCAGAUUAUCAUUAACCCAUUGAGUGGCAGCACUCUCCACUUGACAAGUAAAAAACUCUGGCAUUAGACAGAGGAAAAUACUAAUUUAAAGUAGGUCGCAUCAGGGUGCAUUGCCAUUUAAAAGGGUUAAUAAAACAUGUCUAAGGUGCAUGAAAUGGAAUUUUGCAGCCACAAAAUGGAAGAAUUUUCCGGAAUUUUUCUUUGUCUUGUGAUUUCUCGGGUGGAACUAAUUGGAAAAGACAAAGAGAAAUUCCGCUCUGCGCGAAAAAUUCGGCCUAGUGGAAAACAGCCUUAAUUAUUAUGAUUGUGGUUGCACGUUUCACCUCAGCUAUCCCUAUUGGAUGAUUACUUCAUUUUACUAAAAUACAAUGAGCUCAAUCACUCUGACUGUGCACGAUAAACUCACACAAAAGCAUAACAUAAUGACUUCAGCUUAGUUUCCAGACUAUCAUAUUUUGAUAGACUAUGCCAACUUGUACCUUGUAAUAGUUCAAUAUUUUUCGCCUAUUUCUAGGUGAUGUCCAUGCAGCAGAACAUGACCGACCUCGUCCACAGAUCUCAGGAAGCCGGCAAGUCUGUGCACGAAGCCAUCCUGGUCAUCCCAAGCUUGGCCAUUAAGUUGACCGGAGAAGCUGUUGUGAAUACCAAAGCUUUUAUCAUCGCUUUUAAAAAUGUAUGUUGAUGUGAAAUCCUGACAAACUAGUGGAAACAUCGUUGCAGAUCUAACCCAUUGAGCGCGAGCCCCUUCACAAGUAAAAUUGUUUGACAUUAGAUGCAGUAAAAUACUAAAGUAGGGUGCACUGCAAGUGCACUGGGUUAGCUAGAUGCAUGGGCUAAACAUCUAGUGGUAUUCUAGCCUGCUUGAGGCUUGAUACUUUGAAAUAGUUUAUCCGACAAGUAAUUUGCCUACUUACAUACCGGAGGACAGAGGUACGCCAAUAUUACGGUCUGGUAGUUCUUUGUUUUCAGCCAUGUACCACGUAGGUAUGCACAACUGUUCCUAUCUGCGUACUUACAUGUUGCUGGUACCACAUGAUCUUUCCAAGCCCAAGGUAUUUAAUAUGAUCGUAAUUUAGUUGUAUAUGUGUAAAGGCUGCUUUGCACUGUCUGAUCACAGUAGGAAUUUUGCAUGGGUAGAUUCUAAGUUUUGAAGGAUUUGUAAGAAAUGUUUGAGGGAACUGAGUCAGGCCAAAAAAAAAAAUAUGUGGGUUUCCGGUUUCCUGACCCUACCUAGCUUUUGGACGUCGAAAUCCCGACCCUAAACUUUUUUAUUGGAUCAUGCUUGUAAGUGUUUCCACUUGGAGGAAAAAGUUUGUGGAAAAUUGAAAUUUGAGGCAAUAUUAGGGAAAUUUAUCUUUGGAUGUGGAAGCACUGACUAAACAAAAUGGCGUCCGCUUGUUCGGAAAAUUAAAAAAAAGUUUAAAAAAAAAGUUAAAACCGACCUACCCUACCUAAGUUUUUAUAAGAAGAAACCGCAAACCCACAUGGCAAAUUUUUUUUUUUGGCCUCAGUGUUAAACAAUGAGUCCGUUCCCUCAAACAUUUCUUACAAAUCCUUCAAAACUUAGAAUUUACCUAUGCAAAAUUCCUACUGUGAUCACAGAAACUUUGAUAGCGUAAACCAGUCUUAAGUCUGACAUGUCUUGGCCGGAAACAUGAUUUGACUUGAUGGCACUAAGGAUUGUUGCAGUCGAUUGCUUGUAUAUGCAAUUGUGCUUCUUGUACUAUUAAACUCGUAGUUUGAACAUACUUUCAGAAACCUGUACCUUAUUUUCAAGACUAAGUACACAUUGAGUAUUGACUUUACACUAGAUCAAGUACGCGGCAAUAAUUACAGGUAUAUUAUUACUAAAAAUCUUAAAUUAUCGCACCCUGGUCUCAUGCCAUUAAAUGAUUAAUCCAAUCGUGUAUCACGCCAUGAUGCGAAGACCUGUCAGAUCUACACAUACUGUACAUCUACUUAAUUAUGGUUUUGAACACUUCAGAUAGUUUAGUCAUAUUGCAUCAGAAAAAUGUAAGUAUGUAAAUAGCGAAAGUACUGCGUAUACUUACGUGGUACUUGGCUGAAAACAAAGAUAUACCAGACUGUAAUACAUUGGCAUACCUCCUGUACGAACUGUAAGUAGUGAUUGACCCAUUGUGCAACAAUCGGAAAUUAUGGGAACCACUGGCACUGAGUAUUUUACAAAAUACAAAACAACGGUAACUCCGAAAAGGAACAUUUUUAAUAUAGUUCUGGCUUUCGAUUAUGUUUUAGUCCUCAUCAGGAAGAUCUUCACUUAUAGAUAUCGUUGACGUUGUAAUGUAACCUAGCAUCAUUCCUGAUGAUGAUCAAAACAUAAUCGAAAGCUAGAACUAUAUUAAAAAUGUUCCUUUUCGGAGUUACCGUUGUUUUGUAUUUUAUCCAAUCAGCCUUUCUCACGAUGACGAAUAUCCGCCAUUUUUGGGUGGCAUCUAAUUCUCGUUAACCAAUGCAGACAAUUAAAACAAUGUGAAAAGCAAUUUUUCAAAAUAAACUAACCAUUUACAAAGCAAAUUUACCAUCAUUAGUCAAAAAAUUAUAAAAAAGUCGCUGUUAUUUGGACUUAUCUCGUAGACUUUAAGUGCAAUAAAUAGUUUCGCGAAGACUUAACGCUUGCCUUGGAAGGCGCGCAGUGUUUCAAUUCUAUUUCGAAACCAUCCUUGCAAGAGAUAUGAAAAAGAAGUUUUACAAACACGUACUUGUUGUAUUUUAUUGGUUUGAUUUUACUCAAUUCAUGUUCUCUCUUUUUAGACGUACUCUCUGAACGACUUGCCCGGUUCAGUCGCGAGUGCAAGCAACCACAUCGUCAAACCAGUUAAGGAUGCCACCGGUCGUAUUAUUGGGAAACUCCUGUUACCACCGAAAAUGGUCGCCGAGUACAUCCUCUCGUCCAAACCAAUCCAAUGUCUCAUCCCCAACGUUGUUGUAUUUGAGGAGAUCUCGAGAAUCGACAUCGAAAUGGAUGAACUGGUCGUAGAUGACAGCGACGAAGACACGGAUCAGAUGGAAGAUGCUGACGAUGAUGGCGAGGCUGAUGAUCAUGGCGAGGCCGAGGCGAAAUAAGUUUUAAUGAACGUUAUAUCAAUAUGUGACCCAAUGUUUUGUUUGUUCGAUUACCAUUAAUUAUUUAGUUGUAAAGAUUGUUGAGGAUGAGGUUUUAAUAUGUAUAAGAUAUCUUAGCAAGUAAGAAAUUCCAAUUGUGGUGAUAUGAAAACUUGAUCGGUUGGACCAUAGCCUAUCGAAGGGAAGAUGGCUGUGAAACUCAUUAGAAUAACAAUAUAACUCAUUAUCUAUGUUAACCAACGUUUAUUCGUAAAUCUGGUCUUUCACCGUCACGUGUGUAUUGUAUUUUUGCCCAAUUAUAAACCAACAGCAAUGUUUUAGGAAAGUUACCUAUCCGUGACUAUAACAAUAGGGUAAAUUGGAAAUUGCUAUUGGUGGAUUUGGCAAAAAUACAAUACGCACGUGACGGUGAAGGACCAGAUUUAUGAAUAAACGUUGACUAACAUAGAUAAUGUGUUAUAUUGCUAUUCUGAUGAAUUUCACAGCCAUCUGGCAUCUGUCCUUCGAUAGGCUAAGGUUGGACCAAGACUCGAGUAUAUUAGUGUAGAUUGUAGAAGAAAGUAGUUGAAAUCGUGUUCUUGUGUCUGAAUAUGACCCGACCUGUAUUGCAAUAAUGUUACAUUUUUACAUUUAGAAUAUAUAGAUAAGUAGGCAUAUUUUAGCUUUUAAUCUAUCGCUGAUAGUAAUAUAUGUAA